GUUUAAACAACUCAAGAGCAAAGCCAUAAUAAUGGAAGCUAUUAAUCUUUAUUUCCUCUACACAUUCCUUUCUAUUCUCUUUCUCUUUUUUGCAUAUCAAUUCUACCCCUCAAAAAACAACAAAGGAAUUAAACUUCCUCCAAGCCCACCGUAUGCUCUUCCAAUUCUCGGCCAUCUCCAUCUCCUAAAACCACUGCUCCACCGUGCUUUCUACGGCUUGUCUCAAAAGUACGGUCCGAUCAUCUCCCUCAAAUUGGGGUCCCGUCUCGUGGUGAUCGUCUCAUCACCAUCGGCAGUCGAGGAAUGUUACACUAAAAACGACAUUGUUUUGGCCAAUCGCCCUCAAUACAUUAUGAGCAAGUAUUUUAACUACAACAACAAUAAUCUUAUCUCAGCACCUUACGGUCAUCAAUGGCGCAACCUCCGUCGCAUAGCAGCAACCGAAAUUUUCUCAGCUAACCGUCUUAACGCUUUUCUAAGCAGUCGAAACGAUGAAAUAAAGCAAUUAUUAUACGGCUUAUGUCGCGCCGGAGGCCGAGAAUUUGCUCAGGUAGAGUUAAAACCUAUGUUCAAGAAUGCAACUUUUAAUAUUUUAAUGCAAAUGGUAGCAGGGAAAAAAUACUACGGUGAUGAUGUGAAUAAUGAGGAGCAGGCUACGAAAUUCAAAGAGAUAAUAGAAGAGAUUUUUAGCUUUGCUGGGGUAUCAAAUUUGGAGGAUGUUUUACCCUUUUUGAGGUGGAUCAAUGGUGGUAAGCUCGAGAAGAAACUUGAAAUUCUCUCUAAUAAAAUGGAUUUAUUUUUGGAAGAUUUGCUUGAAGAACAUCGGAGUAAGGAGAAGGGUUUAGAGAGCAAAGCAGCUACAAUGAUUGAUCGUUUGCUUUCUUUGCAAGAAUCUGAGCCGAACAAUUACAAAGAUGAGGUUAUUAAAGGACUCAUAAUGGUGAUGUUACUAGGAGGGACCGAUACUCCAACAUUAACAUUAGAAUGGGCAAUGGCAAGUUUGGUUAAUAAUCCAAAUGUCUUACAAAAAGCUAAAACAGAAAUUGAUUUACAAGUUGGACAAAAACGAUUACUUGAAGAAUCAGAUCUUCCGAAUUUACCUUAUCUUCAAAGUAUAAUAUCAGAAACCCUACGUUUGUAUCCUGCAGGCCCGCUUCUAGUACCACACUACUCCUCUAAGGACUGCAUUAUUAAUGGGUAUAACAUACCUAUAAAUACAAUUGUACUGAUAAAUGCAUGGGCUAUUCAUAGAGAUCCGACUGUUUGGGACGAUCCUUCGAGCUUUCGACCAGAGAGAUUCGAGGCCGAUCAUAGACUUGGUGUUCAUCAGACAUAUAAUUAUAUUCCAUUUGGUGGAGGGAGAAGGGUUUGUCCUGGAAUGGGGUUAGCUCAACGUAUUUUGGGAUUGACUAUUGGUUCCUUGAUUCAGUGCUUUGAAUGGAAAAGAAUGGAUGAGAAGUUGGUCGAUAUGAGUGAAGAUAAAGGCUUUGCUAUGCCUAAAGCCGAGCCAUUGAAAGUGAUGUGUAAAGCAUGUGCAAUCAUGAACGAGGUUCUUGCCCAAGCUUCUUAAUUAGAAAUAUGGAUGAAUUUGUAUGAAUAUUGUAUUAUUGUUGUUAUAAAAUAAUAUUAUGUGUGAAGUAAUAGUUUUUCGGGUAUUAUGGGGAUUACUACUUGUAUCAUUAAUAGCAUGAAUAAGGCAAUUAGAAUGGAUAAUUAGUUUUACA